AUGGUUUCCUUUGAUGUCACGUCCCUUUUUACUUCUAUCCCACAGGACCUGCCAGUUGAGACCAUCGAACUACUUCUUCGAGAGAAAUACGACGAAACGGAGAAUCGCCUCGGACACGCACAAAUCAUCCAUCUCCUGAAGUUCUGUCUCAAGACGUACUUUACGUUCGAUGGGACAAUCUACGAGCAGGUGAAGGGAACGCCAAUGGGUUCACCGAUUUCGGGACUCAUAGGCAAGGCGGUCCUACAACGGUUGGAGUCGCUGGUUUUCCGACACCAAAGACCGAAAUUCUGGGCUCGGUGUGUGGAUGACACCUUCGCCGUCAUCGAACGGGAUCAGGUGCUGACAUUCAAAGAACAUCUCAACGCCGUCUUCCUGGACAUUCAAUUUACGAAGGAGGAGGAGGAGGAGGGGGGGAGGAGGAGGAGGAGGAGGAGGAGGAGGAGGAACACAAUCAGCUCGCCUUCCUAG